AUGGGCUGGUCAUCGCCGGAUGGCUGGGCCACCAGGCUGUUCUCCGGUGAUCCUCUUGUGAUCCUACUUGCUUUCCUGGUGGUGCUUGCGCUUCCAUCACUCGUGCAUCUCUACUUCUACUCACAGACGGCACGUACAAAAGUCGUACCAACCUUCUUACUUCUGGGUCCUAGCGGAGCAGGCAAGACUGCACUCCUAACCCUAUUGCAAAAGCGGUCCUCCGAUCAAGAAAACGCAGACGCUUCUUCGACUCGAACAUCGCAAGUACCAUGGCGCGCCAGCUUACUCCUCCCUUCCUCGAUACCUCUGGGAUCGAACAAAUAUCGCUCCGACAAUGAUGUCUCCCUGAAGGACAAGCAUCCUACUCGUUAUGUCAUGAUAGACACCCCUGGUCAUGGCAAGUUGAGGGACGACCAAGCACUAUCGCAACUCCAAAACCCAGUCCUUCGCGGAGUGCUUUUUGUGGUUGACGCCAGCGUUCUCGACUCAAGCGAGUCCUCCUCUUCGCGCGAUAUUGCGGCCUACCUUCAUGACACGCUACUUGUGCUGCAGAAGCGGAAGACCGGCAAGGCCUCAAGCAAGACGAAGGCAAAUAUACCAGUGCUCGUUGCCGCAAACAAACAAGAUCUGUUUACGGCUCUGCCGCCCGGGGCUGUAAAGGAACGACUUCAGACAGAGAUCGAAAGAGUGAGGACUUCAAGAAGUAAAGGCCUUGCUGCCGUAGGUCAGGAGCCGGACGCAGAUGCCGAAGAAGAGGUUCUUGGAGGUGGCGGAGAAGACAAGUUCACCUUCAAGUUGAUGGAAGAUGAAUACGGUAUCAGCGUUGAUGUGGUCGGUGGAGCGGUGAAAGGAGAGGAAGCAGGGAAAGGAGUAAGACGAUGGGAAGAAUGGAUAGGUGGAUGUCUAUGA